UGGGUCACCCGCGGAGAUCGAUGGGUCCCAACGGUGGUUAGAGGACUUGGCCGGACGCAAUAUCGACGGAUCACGAACGUGUCAGAUCAACCAAUAACACUGCAACGCGACACCCGUAUAGGGAUCUGGUUGGCGGGAGAUCACGUACCGCGGACCCCAGGAUACGCCUCGGUUGGAUCACGACGAUAUGCAGAAUGGCAGAACCUGGCGUUCCAAGCCACCGCCGACGAAACACCGACGGAGGACUCGGACGAAGUCGUGGCUGAACCGUUGGUCGACAGACCGCAGUACAACGCACCAACAGAGAUCUUGAAGAAGGAGCCGAGACCGCGGAAGCUGAUGUCGAUCCAGCCAUCACCCUGCGUGGAGACGAAGGUCGAAGAACCGGCGGCAAGAAGCAAACCACUAAAACCCGAACCGGAGGAUGCAGAUCAUGUCGCCACGGAAGACACGAGGGUAGACCAGGAACAGAUCGAGCCGAGAGAUCAGGCAGGUGAUCUAGAUCAGAAGAUCGGGCCAGCGGAAGGGCUGGUGAAGCCGGACUGGGAAGCCGACGACGACAUGGAUGACGCCGUCUGUUACUGCGGGAGCGGAGACAUCUUCCCGGAAGACAUCGAGAACCACAUGGCGGUGUUGCCGGAAGUCGAGGCCACCACGAGAGAAGUCACGAUAGACGAUAUCCGGNNUGGGGCGAUCUGCGAUAUCGACGUCGGGAACGCGAAGCCGGUAGCGCAACGUUGCCGGAGAGUAGCUCCACAAUUCCGCGAGAAGUUAUCCAUGCUCAUCAAGGGACUGCUGUCGGCGAAGAUCAUCGCUCCAUCGAUCUCACCUUGGGCGUCACCAAUAGUGGUCAUCAUCAAGGCCAACGGCGUGGACAUCCGCCUCUGCAUCGAUUACCAAGUGGUGAACAGCUUGACGAGGCUGAUGGUGCACCCGAUGCCGUUGAUCAACGAUCUUCUCGAGGACUUGGACAAGGUGCUUUGGUAUUGCUCCCUUGACAUGGCGAGUGGAUUCUGGGUCGUGUCCAUGACACCACGGGCGAGACUGAUCUCGGCAUUCAUCACGCCAUUCGGACUGUUCGAGUGGGCGAGGAUGCCGUUCGGUCUGAAGAACGCUCCCCAGAUCUACCAGCGGAUCGUGGAUAACGCCCUAUAUGGGCACAUGCGUAUCAAGCCCGGCCAAGACAAGACGGUCGAUGUGUUCGAGGAGGGAGAGCCUGAACCAGAACCCAAACCGUCGAUCUUGGGACGACGAUCGUACGUCGACGACAUUCUUGUGACGGGAGCCACGUGGGACAGCAUGUGCAACAAGGUCGAAAAUCUGCUGGACGUAUGCGAUCGCUGGAACCUAUCGAUCAGUGUAGCCAAGAGCUACUGGGGAAGGCGCAAGGUGACCUACUUGGGGCACCAAGUGUCGACGGACGGGUUGGAAGCGAAACCGAAGGACCUUGAAGCCUUCUCGAAUCUCCCUUUCCCCACCAAGCUGAAGUCGAUGCAGUCGUUCCUUGGAAGCCUGAAUUAUUACAGCCGCUUCAUCGAGGACUUUGCCGUCUAUGCAGCGAUCUUGUACGAACUUCGGGAGAUAGAGAGACCACCUGAUCGCACGGUUGAAGUCGACCGGGGAGCCGGAGGAAGGUGA